UCUCAGCUCGCUGCAUUCCUCCUCUCUCUGCUCGAUAGGCACACAGAAAGAAAAGAGAGGGGGAGCAGAGAGACAAACACAGCUUAUUAUUUCACUACCGACGAGCUGGAUUUUUAAAAAUACAUCUUAAUAAACCUGAGUGGACUCACACGGGACACAUAUGUGACCAAAAACCGGGGCAAGGAAAGCAGAAAUAACCACGUCAAGACUGCACCUUUGGACCUAUACAAGCACGACAGGAGAGAGAAAAGAGAAAGAAAAAAAGGCUUGUUUUUCUUUUUUAUAAUGACUGGAGUUUCAGGCUCAGCUAUGGAGAAGCAGCUUUGGUGAAACAGCCUCUUCAUUUAUAUAUAUAUAUGUAUAGAUAAAUAAAUAUAUAUAUAUAUAUAUAUACAUGAAAGAGGAUUUGCAAGAUGGCUGAUGACAGCUACCCCUACUAACAAGGACAGAAAAAAAGCGACGUCCCCUUUAAGAUCAGGAGGGUUACAUAUUUUUUGCUAUUUUGUAUCAGUUUUGACACAUAAUUAUGAGACAAUUUGUGUUAAAAACCGUCGGUCCUCGUCUGGAAAAAAGCUUAAAAUCUUAAUCUGUUGUUACCUGUGUUGGUGGUAGAAAAUGGUGAGGUGACGUUAAUGGUGAAUUUCUUUUUUUUUUACUACACGGUUUUAAUCGAGAUAAGGAAGUAAAACAAAAAAAACAAAAAAAGAAGAUUAUAAAAUAUGUUGUUGGUUAAAGGCUGAGGCGAUUAAAAAAGGUGGACACCAAAGUGUGUGAGGGAGACAGAGACACAGAGAGAGAGAGAGAGACCGAGAGAGAGAGGAGGAAAAACGCUGAUUAAUAAUAGUAAUAAUAAUGUUUUAAAAGAGUGAGAAAGAAAGAAAGGGAGAAAGAGAGAGAGAGGGGGAUAUUUGAUAGAUGUGUUUGGCGACAGUAGCCAACAUUCCUGCGGAUCCUAAAACCCUUUGUUUUGUGCGCAGGAGCCGGACCCAGACUAUUAAAAACGAUUAACUAUGCAGUAAACAGCCCUCGAAAAUGAUGGCCCCGGCUCUGAUUUUCUAUUUAAUGAGAUUAUAAGGCCUUUUGUUGUCGACAGAAAACUGGCAGAGAGAGAAAGAGAAAGAGAGAGAGAGAGAGAGAGAGGAAAAAAGAAGAAGGAGCCGAGGCCUUGUGUACAGAUAUGCGAGCUGUGCCACAUAGCAGGCGUUUAUAUAUAUUCAUCCAAUAAGAGAAAAUGUCGCUUUUUUAUGUCCCCCCCUACCCCCUCCUCAAAAAAAAUAUGAAGGGCUUGAGAUUUGUACAUGUGUAAAAAAAAUCUGUGCUGUUUUUUUGUUUUGUUUUUGUUUUAAUGUUGUCGUCUUACAGCCAAACCCCGUCGCUGUUUAUGUGUGUAUAAUUGAAUUGCUGAGGGGGGUUUUUUUGGGGAUGGAGGCUCCCUCUGAUACUUAUUUAUGAUUCAGCGGACAAAAGCAUUGCGCUGCGUUGUGAUUAGUGAGGGAUUCAUGCGUCCUUGAGAGUCUGAUUCAACACAUUCAGGUUUAAAAAAAAAAAAAAAAGAAAGAAAAGCUCUCUGUGUGUGUGAGUGUGUGUGUUAGGCUUAUAUAUAUAUAUAUGUGUGAGUGUGUGUGUGUGUGUGUGUGUGUGACUAAGUAAUCAGGGUGUGGACCUUUCUCAUGCUUUUUUCAUGCGUUUGGUGGUCUUGAAUUGGUCCUCAGUCAAUCAUAACCCGGACUGUGAAGUCAAGGAAGCUCUGAAAGGUAAGGAAAGGGCCCAGGAGUAGACAGGAGAGAGAAGAGGAGGAGGAGGAAGAGGAGGAGGAGGGUGGUAUUGGUAGUGGUGGUUAAGGGGGGGUCAAGUGUCUUUUCUUUUCCUCAUGUGCUAUACACAGAUUGAUUCACCUCACCGAUCAUUGAAGUAAUAGUGCAAGAUAUUUAGUUCUCUGUGUGCCUUGUUUGCAUUUCAUGGUUUACCUGUAGCUGACAAGGCUUUUUAGCUUCCUGUAGGCCUGCGCACACACACGCAUAUAUACAUAAACACACACACUCACACAGAGGAGCUUUAAAGGCAGGCCUAGUGUGUGUGUGUUGGUGUGUGUGUUGGUUGGUGUGUGUGUGUGUGUGUGUGUGUGAGGGUGAUUUAGAGGAAAGGAAAGCACCGUUUACUGUAAUCUGUAUAACGUCAGCCCCUGCUGUGUGUGUUGAAAUCACCAAGGUGUUGUCAUCCUCGCCUGAAGCCUUCUCUGGUCAAUUUUUUCUGGAAUUUGCCUUCAUGCUGCAGCAAUAAGCAAUACUCGUCAUCUGUCAGGGAGUCUCGUCUGAUUUUUUUUGGAUUGAAAUACACACAGACUUAAUCUUUCAGGACGCCAUCGGGUUUGUUUUGUUUUUGUUUUUUUUUUGUUUUGCAAAUCUUUUUUUUCUCAAGACUCAUUUUGAGAGUGUCAGGUUUCCUGUGUGCUGAGGGACAGAGAGUCAGAGAAGUGGAGAACAGAGUUAGUGUAUGCCUGCCCGCACCAUGAUGGCCUCUGACAUGGCUGAGACGUGGAGGAACUGUUUUGAGGAGGAGCUCAUCUGCCCCAUUUGCCUGCACGUGUUCUCAGAUCCCAUCCAGCUGCCCUGCAAGCACAACUUCUGCCGGGGCUGCAUCAGCGAGGCCUGGGCCAAAGACUCCUCGCUGGCCCGCUGCCCUGAGUGCAAUCAUGCUUACACGCAGAAACCCAGCCUGGAGAAGAACCACAAACUGUCCAACAUAGUCGAGAAGUACAACGCCCUGAGCGUGGAGAAGGCCACCACGCCGGCAUUGCAGUGCAUCCUGUGUCGCCGAGGCCCACCGCUCCCCGCUGUGAAGGUCUGCCUGCGCUGCAACGCCCCGUGCUGCCAGUCCCAUGUCCAGACACACCUGCAGCAGCCCUGCUCAGCCCUUGGGCACCUGUUGGUAGAGGCGGAGGCGGUGAAGGCCUGGACCUGCCCGCAGCACGACGAGUACAGGCUGUACCACUGCGAGGCCGAGCAGACGGCGGUGUGUCAGUACUGCUGCUUCGCCCGCUGCCACCCGAGCCACGGACACGCCGUCACUGACGUGGAGCUGAGACGCAACGACAUAAGGCAAAGCCUGUUGAGACAGCAGGAGCGCGUAGAGGAACGAGUGCAGGAGAUCGAGGAACAGCUUUGCAAACUCGACUCUGACAAGUGUGUGGUGGAGGACAGGGUGUGCGAGCUGAAGGAGGAGGUGCGCCUGCAGUACCAGCGGAUGCAUCAGCUCUUGGAGGAAGAUCUCGGUCGGACACUGGAGGCUCUGGAGCGGGCUCAGGCUCGGUUCUGCCAGGAGAACGCCGCCCAGGUUCUAGCAUUGGGAGAGCAGCGCCAUGAGGCCCAGAAGCUGCUGAGCUCCAUCCACACAGCCUUCAGUAAGGCGGAGGAGCUGAGCUUCAUGAAAAACACCAAGCCUGUUAAAAUCCUCACAGACAGGUCUCAGGCAUGUGUGGGAAGCAGUCUGCCUCCUUACAAAGUGGGGAAUCUAAACUCAAAGCUGUUCCUCUCUGAAAUCUCCAAAAGAGAGAAGAGCUUGAAGAGAACGCUAGAAGCUCCCCUCACCCCCCCCUCGACCUUCCUGCAGUCUGUUCCUGCUUAUCCCAGCGGUCAGAGCUCUGCCUCUGGAGCAGAGAAACGGAAACAUUCCACUGCCUUCCCAGAGGGAAAUGGGAACGUCGGAAAAAACACCGCUCUGGGUUUCAAAGACUCCUCCUCCUCUUCCUCAUCUUCUUCUUCAUCGUUAGCUAAGCAGCCCUACCUGGGCUCCGGCUCUGCCUCUGGAGAAGGCCAGUCCACCAAUCAGCAACCUCUCGGCCCCUGUGGUCCACCUCACAUCAGCGAGAGCGGCGGGGCAGGAAGCGGAAGUGGCUCGUUGACCAACCACCACUCUGGCUCCGUGUUUGGCUCCUCACACUUUCCUCCCGGCGGAAGCAGCUCCUCCCACUCCUCCCAGCAGGCAGUGCUGCCUCAGUACGGCGGCCGGAAGAUCCUGGUGUGUACGAUGGAUAACUGCUACUGCUCUGGAGUGCCCUCGGUGUCGGGCCACCGCAGUCAUCCCCCGUACCCGCGCUCGGGCUCUUUCCCCUGGGUCAGCGCCCAAGACUACCCUCCGCCUCCUGGCCUGGCCUCUGGAGGUCCGUCCAUGCAGGGCUUGGCAGUGAGGGACUGGAUAGACGCCUCACAGACACACAGACAUGCAGAUUUUUAUGGGCUGUAUGGGCAGCCAUCUACAAAGCACUACGUCACCAGUUAACAGAGUAGACACACGCACACACACACACACACUUGGAUAUAAAGACAGGCAUCAAGAUAGCACACCUUUACUGACUCCAUUAACCGGAAUAAAAUACAUCAAUACGCUCUGAUAAUGCAGUUAUACUUACAUACAUUUAAAUUAAUGUUUAUACACACACACACACACACACACA